AGUCAGUUCAAAACGACGCCUGACAACGCGCGCGUCUCUUUUAAGGCGUCCUAACUCGGCAGGAUACGAUAAUAUAUACCUGAAAUUCUCUAUUCAACUCAUUAUAAGUUAUUCGAACUUUUUAAGUAUAAUGUGACAUGAGUUGAGUCAUUUGAAUACGUUCGUGCUUAAAAUCUUAAAAAAAAAACAUUCAUGAACUUAAAAAUGUAGGUUAGGAUGUUGCAGCUAGCCACCCGGCAAAUUGAUCUUUGGCAUUGGCUUGUGUAAUCGAGAGUAAAUUGAUGAGAUGGACAUGACAGAGUAAAGAAUCAUAUCAAUUUUCAAAAUCUGGCUUCCAUAUUGUCAAGGAGGAUUCACUCUGGUUCAAAAUCAUCUAUGACAGAUGAUCUUAUCACAGGAACUCCCAAUAGGAAACGGCGUACCUUCUCAGCCGCCAUGAUCCGGCUGUUGGGUACACGACUUUUCACUCGUCUUUUGUUAUUAGUGUGCUCUCUAAGCUUACUCAGUUUGCUGUUUCUAAGCCGAUGUGGAUUCCACGGACUUGAUGCGACUUCCAAUUCCGGGAACACCGCGAACUCUGCAAAUUCCGCAUUGGAUCCUCAGGAUCCUGCUGAAGUCCAACCCGAAAUUCAAGCCGCUUUUCUCGACGGUGCGACUAUAAUCGGUGGCGCUUCCCAAUACAUAAGCAGUAUUCAGUCUCAACAAGAUAAUAGCAACACUUUACAACAACUUUUACAGCAAAGAGAAGAAGAAACGAGACAAGAAAUUGAAAGACUUACGGCUGAAAUAAGGGCAUUGAAGCUGCAGCUUUUGCAAUACACUAACGGUGGUACUAAUAGUUUACAAGCACCUCGACACUCAAGCUCUUCCAUCAAUUUGAACUAUUCCACGAAUCCCACAAUCACAAAUGCAGAAUGUUCGAAUUAUAUCAGAAAACAAAUAAUGCAAGCGGAAAUAUUUCGCGGUACGCCACUGAACAACGAAUACGAACUCAUUCCUUACAAUCAUUUUACAUAUAGUAGAGUAUAUCCCAUAGAUUUAGGGCUAGGAAAAAGAGUUGUUGAGAAACCAAUUGGUUAUAAAAGGAAAGAUCUACUGGAAGCUUUAAUGAAAGGCUUGGAAAUUUUAAAUAAAAAUGUGACUGAAAAAAUAGCUAGAUAUACUUUGGAUGACUUUUUGGAGGGUCUCUACAGGGUGGAACCGACUACAGGAACUCAAUACGAAUUGUAUUUUAGGACUAAAAUAUCGGGUUUUACAAAAGUGAUAAUAAUGCGACCGUUCGCUCCUCUUCAAAUGAUUAAAACCGUAGGACUUCUUGGACCGAAAGAAAAAGAAUUGAUCCAUAUAAUUUUACCACUUUCCGGACGGACUGCAACAUUCCAAAGCUUCAUGGAUAAAUUUGUAAAGAUAGGUCUUAAGAACGAUAGAAAAGUGCAUUUAACGGUCAUAUAUUUUGGAGAAGAAGGUCUUUCAGAAGCAAGAUCUAUUAUGUCGAGAGUUUUAUUAACAAAAAACAGCGGUGGGAAUCCCAAUAAUCUUCGACUAUUAGCUCUAAACGAAACUUUUUCCAGAGGUAAAGGACUACGUGUAGGAGCAGAACGUACUUGGGAUUUAGACAAGAACAAAGACUCAAACAAAGACGUUCUGCUGUUUAUGUGCGAUGUAGAUGUAGUGUUUAGUGCCAGAUUUCUGGAUAGGUGUAGAUGGAACACUGAACCUGGUAAAAAGGUUUAUUAUCCGGUUGUGUUCAGUUUAUAUAAUCCACAUGUAGUGUAUACAUUGCAAGGGAGGGAUGUCCCUCCUGAAAAUGAUCAACUAGUCAUUUCGAGAGAUACAGGGUUUUGGAGAGAUUUUGGAUAUGGAAUGACAUGUCAAUACAGAUCUGAUUUUCUUAAGGUUCGUGGUUUCGAUGAAGACAUCGUUGGAUGGGGUGGAGAAGAUGUUAUGUUGUAUAGGAAGUACGUGAGAAGUAAUAUGAAAGUUAUAAGAGCGACAGAUCCAGGAAUUUUCCACAUUUGGCAUCCAAAGGUUUGUUCGGGAACUCCAGGAGGUCAGAAGCUGUCAGCAGAUCAAUACAGAGCUUGUAUUAGAUCAAGAGCCCUAAACGAGGCUUCUCAUGCUCAACUGGGAUUCUUAGCAUUCAGAGAUGAUAUUGCUGCUAAUAGUAGUCCAUCAAAAUACAACCCCCAUCAAAUAAAGAGUCUCAAAACUCCCUCAAAGAGGCUGAAAAUCCAAACAUAGAUUAAAAAGUAUGUUUGAAUUGAAUUGUUUCGUUUUAGCUCGAUCACGUAGAACAUCUUAUGAUAUGAUGUUCCUUUAAGAAUGAAAUCAUCAUUUUAGAAUUCCUGACUCUAGUUUUCAAUGAGAUUCGUAGAUAGUGAAUAUUUUGAUAUGCCGCAUUUACUUCAUUGAUGGAUUUAACACCUAGAAUAUAUAAUCAAAAAUAUUAACUGAUCAUAAUUGUCUUACAAAUUCGUGCACGUGGAGGACAUGCUUUAUAUGAAAUAGACAGUACUUUGGUGACUUAUUACAAAUGUCCUAGUGGAACAACGCAUUUAUGAAACUGGCUUUAUAACAAUAUCAUCAAAUUGACUGAAUGGUAGUACAAAAAAUCCCAAUAACAUCUUAACCAAAAACAUGAUUUUUUAUUAAAUGCUAGAUGCUUAUACAAACCUAAGACCUAAAAAUAUUAUAUUUCUCACGCUUCCAGGUGUAAUACUUUGGAGUUCCGUGUUGUCUCACACUUCGAGAGAUUGUAGAAGAAAAUUUCGUCCUCCAAGUAGCUGGUUACAUCUUCUACAAAUCCUACCAUUUUCAUGCGUCCAUUGAGGUGAGAUUAUAACGACAAGACUCCUGUUUGUACCCUAAAUUGUACUAUUAGUCUAGGAAAUAAAGCUCACAUACAAUGAAAUUUAUAAAUCUUGCUCAUUAAUUUUAUCUUCAUCGAUGUCGUCUUCGUCCUCUUCAAUUACUGGUAGACUAUUAUUGCAGUCUUCACCGAAAAAAGGGCAUUUUUCGAUUUGAGUAUAAAAAACAUAUAACGUAUUUUACCUGAAUAUAUUAUGUAGAUUCGAGUUUUUCGAAAAAAAAAGUUUGGUAUUAUAAACAAAUCUCCUUCAUUUUUGGUGAUAGAAAGUUUUUUCGAACAUAAUUUUGUAGGGCUUUUUAAGAGCUUCAAGAUUAUGUGAAUGAAAUUCCUUAAUAUUCCUCAAUUUUUUGAUUGAGUUGAGUUUAAAGAGCUCGAAUAGAGUGGUGUUCGUUCGUAAAUAGAGGUUUUUAACGGCUAUAUCUCGCCAAAUAUUCACUGUGUACUAAAUCUACAAACAGGAAAAUUUUAGUAAUUAAAAAAAAUACGCAUUUCAAAUUAGUCAAACUUCUUGUGUGUAUUUAUAAUACAUAUAUAAAGAGAAUUACAGAUGGGUGAAGAUGUAUUUUUAUUGAAGGGGGUACUGAGAGGGUUGUUAUUACUGAUUUUUUCGUAGAACGUUUAGUUGGAACCGGCCUUAUUUUCGCACAAUUUUUAUGUAAGGUCUUUGGUGUAAGGACUUUCUUGUAAGCUCGAAUUAAAUACUUUGAAAAAUAUUCUAUGAAUUUUUCGUAAAAAGUUUUCUUGUUAUUUGGCGUCGAAUCUUUCAAAUGAUGCAUUUAAUGAAAAUAACUAACCAAUAACAUGCCGUAUCUAGGUUCGUGUUAGUCGUAGGAAAAAUAUAAAAAAGGAUUUUGUUCAUUUUUUCAAAAGCUGCAAUUUUGCUGUGCAGUUUUUUUGAUAAAAAGCAAAUUUUUCGAGCUAUCCACAAAAAAAACUUGUAAAGAACAUUUUCUCUCGGAAUAAUUUUUCCAUCGAUUCCUGUAUGUAAGUAAGGAAAAAAUUUCCUCCUCCGAGAAGGGAUGGCAACAACCGCCAAGACUUUAACGUAUUGAGGCAUGAUAUAGAAAAUGAUCCUUGGGCUAUUCCCUACCUUGUGUGGAAAUUUCAAGUAAAUCCAGGCAGGAUGAAGAAAUUGCGAAUCAAAAUGCUUCAUUUCCUGGACUAAAUGGAUACACAAUUUGGUAAUGGAUAUUCAUAGUAUUGUUGAACCUAAUGUACUAAAAUAGAUCACAAGUGCAAAUUCUCAUUUACGAGUAAAUGCGUGUAUCAAAAUUCAUUUUUCGAAAACAAUUUAACAUAAUCAUAAUGAUAUGACGGUUCUUUCAAAUAAUUCUUUUUAAAUAAGAGUUACAUAAAACAAAACAUUGGGUAUGGCAAAUUUAAUGAAUAUUUCUAAUUCAAUAUCGAUUUUUUCGUUAUUUCUAGCUAAAAAUAAAAAAGCCAAAAUACUUUUCAAGUCAUAAGAUUGUGUUCUACGAGAUCUGGUUCACUUUUUUCAUAUUAUUAGUCCUAUUGCGAUGUAUGGAAAGGUGCUUACCUAAUAGUGUUAGAAACGUAUAGAGCAUUUCAAACGAAAUAUUUAUAUUUUUCAAAGUAUAUUAUAAAACAUUCAAUGAGUCGCAGAUAUGAGAAAGCAAGUCUUCAACAAGAGCAUUUUCUUCCGAAGCAAUUAUCAUUUCUUCCAAAAACUUCCAAACUAGAUUGUACUCGUAAUAAUGUGAUUGAAAAAUAUGAAUAUUUCUUUAGAGAAAAUUUAUUACUAUUACCAUAUCAAUUAAUAUUUUGUUAUAAUUCGGCUCUAACCACACAACUUCAAUUUAACACUUUCUUUAAAUAAGCACUAAUAACCAUGAUACGGGUCUUAGAUAUUGUAUCCAAGCCAAGCUUAUUCGCCCAUGAAAAAUGGUCAAGACUCUUCCCCAGAUAUUCGCCCACAGUUGAAACAUAUAUAACUGGUACUCAGAUUGUUCACUAUAAGUCAAUUCUUCAAGUAAACAGAAAGUGCUGUUUAUGAUGAAAAAAGUUCCAGCACUAAUUUAUUUAUUGUAAAAAGUGAUAAAAUUUAAGUAUUCAAUUGAAGACAACGAAUACAGAGCAGUCAAAAAUUAUAAACUACGCAAACAUACAAGGUGUUUCGGGACUUGAUACAAAAUAUACAAGUAAAUGACGUGAAAAGAAUGCUGUGACAUAGAAAGAAUUUUCUCAUACAACCCCUUCAUUAUACAGGUUGUCAUGUAAAAGUUACGGAUUGUUAAUCAUAGGGCAUAAGCCACACCUGGUCUUUAGAUAGUAGUAUAACAGCAUUAUUUUCACGUCAUCUACUCAACCCCGAAUUUUUGGCAUCGUUCCGGGACACCCUGCAUAAUGGAUUAAAAACCUCACCCAUUUUUUUAAUGUUAUACAACUGGAUGUGAACCACGUUAAAUCCGAACACUUCCAAUAUAAACACUGAUGAAAUAAUAGAAGCGAUUUAUUAUAAUAUUGUGAUACAUUCAGAAAGUUAUAUUCACGCAAAGAUUUAGACCUGGUUUAGAGUGCUGGAAUAUCAGUAUAUGAAAGAAAUGAGAAACAAAAUUUUUAAUAGGAAAACCAGUAUGUUUGCCGCCUUCAACUGUAAUUUAAGUUGUAGACUUGUUGAUGUAGUGGUGUAGGUAUUGGUGGCUAAGUAUAUCUUCUCCCGUCCUCCAACCUUGCAAGUGCAAAGCUGCCGAAACAAAUUGAGAAAAGACACGGUAUUAUUGCUGGGAACUACAAAAAAGGAUAAAAAACGCAUGCUUCAACAUAAUAUGUUAAAACUAAUUAUAUUUUUCCAAUAUAAUCGGAUAUAAAUCUGUUUCAUUCUAUUUAUUUAAUUUGCUCAAAUAAUUUUUUGACGAAAACUAUAUUUAAAGAUUGUGGGAAAGCAAUUUAGUGGGCAUAACAUAUAAAAAUCGAAGGUAAAGUGAUAUUAGAAAAUUUACCAUCGAAAAUAAAAAAUAGAUUCAUCCCAAGUUUAUUAGUAUGCGUUGUAGUAAAGGAAGAAGUUUUGAUAUCGAGAGUGAGAUUUUAUUGAAUUUUUCGGCUUGAAGCAGGAGAUCGACAACAAAUUAAUUUCCUUAAGAUCUUGGAGUGGCUAUAACACCGAAGCGACUAAUGCGCCACAAUAAUUAAUUAACGAAAUGGGAGAAACAUAUGCCGAAAAACAGGCCGAUCUGCAGCGGUGUUUUAAAAAACAUUUCAGUCAGAAAUGUUACAUGUUAAUAUCCAGAAAAUUACAGAAAAGUUCAUAAAAGAAAAUAGAAUCACUGAAUUUUUGGUUUGUUUCCGAUUUCAUAUAACCUGAGAAUAUUGAUAUUUGCCUGAUUUUUCCUUAAUCACUUGUUAAGUUCACAUAUUCAUAUUUGGACUAAUUUAUUUUCAAAGAUAUAUCGUUAAAAUAGUUUAUUAAUGAUUUUAUUAUCAUAUUUUUCUGUUCAAUAUUUUCUAUUUAUUUUCCUGUUUUAUUUCGUGAAAAAAUUUGAAAUAUAAAAUUUAAAAAUACACAGUUAUGAACUCUGGUGGAUAACUAUCCUUCUUAUAUUCAGUAGGACUACCCAGGUAAGAGCAAAAUAGUAGCUUACAAUAAUUGACAGAAAUCUUUAUACAACUAUAAGAUUUUUCGGAAACUAUGAUCUGAGGACAGGUAGAACAUCAGCUGAUUAAGGAUCCUAACCUGGAACCAGUUUACGAACGUCGGGUUCAAUUGUUGAAAAUUUUAAAUUUAAAACAUGUUCUAAAACGUCAGAAUUUUAUUACUUUUUUAUGCGUGAUAUUUGUUUAGUUUCAUAAUAAUAUUAUAAAUUAACAACGCUUUCUUAACUCACAAGGAAUUUGCACCAAAAUUUAGUAUUAAUAAGCUAUUUUUAAGUUGAAAUGCUGAAAGUAUAAUAACCGUAAAGCUUUACCAGUGUAGAAAAGAUCAUAUCAUAUGAUUAUCACUCGUUUAAUUCCGGGUUAGUUUCCGAAAACUCAGAUCAUGAUCGAGUUAACCCGAUCAUAGUUUCCGAAAAGUUCUAUUGCCUUUCCACGUUGUUAACCGCGUAGCCAAAGCAUAAAACACAGUGGUUGUGGCCACCAGAUUUAAUUAGUAUAUGUCUGGCUACAUUGCAUGUUGUUUGAUAAAAAAAAUUAAAAAUAUAUUAAUCGAUUUUUUUUUAACUAUUACACCCUUGUGCGAAGUGUUCUAUAUUAUUUGAAACACUAUGUACCCAGUAGUUACUAAAUUACUGAACUAUUUGUGAUUUUUACCUAGCCGAAAUUCCAAGAACGUGAUUUUAAUUGUUAUGUUUUGUUAUUUAUAUCGACAGUUUAAUUAUUUAUUGUUGAAUUAUUAUGAAAAGAUAUUGCCCGUAAAAAAUAUUCACAUACUUUUUCCCAUUACCCGGCUAUCUACAAUAGAAUAAUGAGUGAUCUGUUUCUCAAGUAGCGAAUAUGAGAUUCAAAUAAAAAAUAAUAGAUAAUAUUACGAAUGCAGUAUCUUUCCUAUGAUAAAAAUGUUGGAUAGAACGACAUCGAAACUCGAUUUGAAUAAGAAAAAACAAUUUUUAGUGAAAAUAUUUUAGUCAAAUGCUUAUAUUUAUACUCAACUUCUAGAAGAUAAUUUACAAAGCUCGAUCAAUAAGAAUAUAUCAAUUAAUUUUACAAAAAGAAAAAAAUAUUUUGUUAUCCUUUUUCAUAUGAAUGAUAACAAUUUUUCUUGAAAAAUACUUAAAAAAUAUUAAUAAUAUGUUUAGCGACCCCGUAAUUUAUUACAUUCUUGUAUAUGACUGGGCAUCGUCGCAUCGUCGAAAGUAGGUAGUGUCAUUUUGACAGCCUAUGGAUGGUGGUACAAAUCAGUCAGGCUUCUGUGCAUCACAUUUCACACAUUUUCUAUAUUAUUUUAAUGUUUUGAGAAGAUUCUUUAGCAAUAUGUGGACUUGAAUUAGGUUAGUGUGAGGUUAAGCCGCUUAAGACUUUCCAGAUCUUUUUUGUGGAGAGGAUCAAUUCUCACUUCUUAUAACCACUUUGAUCUGGGUCUUCCCUGCGACUUUGCGUGAUCUCCGCAGAUGUCUUAGCUAUCUCAUUCUUCGUGUUUUUACUCAUUCAACUUUAUCUCCUUCUCUCAUAAGUCUCAAGUUGUCUCUAUUAAUUUUAUAAUUUUUUGCUAUUUUAUCAUGUAAGUACUAUACGAUGCCUUCAACGUUUACGCCAAAAUUAGUGUUCCAAUUUACAGCUGAACAUUGGAAAGAAGGAAGGAUUCAGUGCUGCAAAGUGUACCUUCCAAUGUUGGCUGAACCUUCGACGAAGGCUGGAACAUUACCUAAACUUACCUAAAGAAAAGAAAACGUGGCAAAAAAGUGAUGGCAACAGAUCUAUUUUUUUAAUUAACUGGAGGAUACCGUAUUUCAUACAAAAUACGUUUCUUUCAUACGUAAGAUGACAAGAAGUGUGUGUAGUUGUACUGUUGGUUCCAACUUUGUUCCAAUGUUGGGUACUUUCCAAGGCCAAUGUUCCAAUGCCAACGCUGGAAGAAAAACAUUCGUCGAAUGACCUGCUAACUUUGACCACAAAAUGCUUCCAAUUCUUCCAAUGCUUCACCGCACAUUAGAUCUUAUGGCGAUUUCUCAGUUUCUAGUUUCUUGACGCUCGGUGAUAUUCUCUUUAGUUCCUGUUUUUCAUGUUCAUCCACCUUCUUUUGCAUACACAAAAAUCACCCUCAUUGCGAACGUCAUCAAUCUAGAUAUUUUAUUACAAAACUAGAAGGAUUCCCAAUCAGUAAUAAUAUCUGUACUAUCUGUUUUCGUAAAGACUUCUCGUCAAAAAAAUUUGAUCCUGCCAUAUAGAAAUGUAAAUAAAUAAUAAUAUAAUAACAAAUAAAGAUUUAUAUUGUUCUUUCUGAGUAUAACACAUCUAAUGUGACUAAGUAUCCUCUAAAAUAUACUCUUGGUAUUUUCUAAGUAAUUUUGAACGCUCAAAAUUGUUCGAAAAUUUAUAAUGAAACAGUAUAUUUCUGUUAAUUCACUCAAUGAUCGAGCUCUGGAAAAUGAAUAUAUUUAUUGCCAUUAUUUUAUAGCGAAAAAUAUCUUUUCGUGUUUAAAUCCAAAUGCAAUGACAAUGUGUUUCAUAAGUAAGUUUAGUUUGAGAGAAUGAUGAAAUAUUUUUGUAUGUUUUCUCUAUCUUAAAUAAAGACGGCCACGAUGGAAAUACCAACACUAAUAAGAACGAAAUGCGUUAUUUUUCUACCGAAUCAAUGACGCCUUUUAGAUUACAUAAAUAUCAGAAAAAUUUUCAGUUUAUAUUCUUUGAAUCCAAUAUACCUAAGAUAAUUUCCAUUUACAUAUCUCCAAAUAAGACUUUUGGACGGUAGUAGUAAUUUUUUGGCAUAUUUAUGCGUACUAGUUAUACUCAAAAAAUACGGUGAGUUUUUUGUUGCAAAUGAAGUGGGUAACAUAGCCAGCAAACAGAUCAUCCCAGCAUUUAAUUCAAAAAUGGAAGCAUUAUUUGAAGGCUUGUAUCGGAAUGUCUUUUGUCUACUUGAGCCCCCCCCCCAUAUCAUAAAUGGUAUCACAUUCUUUCUCUUUUAGCACAUAUGAAUGUUUUAGGAGAGAGCCAGAAGUCACGUAGUAGUAAUUCGGGUGUGUAAAGUGGGUAUAGACGCACAGGAAGACUUAUUUCAAUGAAGGAGAAACCGGUUGUUUAAUUUUUCAGAUCUAUUCCUCUUCAUAUGGUUGCAUAAGCAUUCCAGUGACCAAACAAACAAUUUUGUCCACUUUUUGAACUUUAACUUCAAGCCAAAGGACGUAAUAGCCUUCAAGGACUCACUUCUAAUUUUAAAUCACGUAUUCUCCUUGUAAAACGGUUUCAAUAGAAGAGCUCUAGCAUUUCGUGAGCUACUUUGGUACUUCACUUCAACAAGAUACGUAAACACAAUCUAACUAAAACGGCUAUAACAGCCGAAUUAAUUGGUUUUUUCUCGAAUACUAAAUGAUAAAUGUCACUGGAAAUCAUCUCAUAUUCAUCUCAACUUAUACAACGAGCUCAUUAUUUAUAUACUUACAACUGUAAUUUACAAUUUUUUUCCAGAUAUUUGUUCAGCAUAACGUGAACGUUAGUAUAAAACACAGAUAUAUUUUUUGAAUUCAAAGGGUUUGUUUGCUGAAUCAUAAUUUGCAAAAUUCACGCAACAAAUUUUAGUUUGAAGCAAACAAACAUUUGAAAGAUAUUUUUCGCUAAUUAACGAAUGUAUAAAAUUGUUGAAUAAAUAUGUAGAUUGUGUGAGAGAUUAUUAUAUCACUACAUAAUCACAAUGAAACUAGAUAAAAUGUAAGAUGAUUUUGUAAAAUAAAUUGUAUAAAUAUACA